AUGGCGGACGAUGAGCAGGCAGCUUCGGAGGCACAAGAGUCAGUAACGGAAAGGAAGAUCGAGGUACUGAUCGCGGAGAUACCGGAGGAACUCCAACAGAAGGCAAAACGGCGAGUGUGCUUGGCGAUGGACAAAUACGACAUCGAGAAAGACAUAGCGACUGAUGUUAAGAAGCAUUUUGACGAGGAGUGCGAAGGCUCCUGGCAUUGCGUGUCGGGACGGAGUUUUGGUUGCUCCGUGACCCACGAAACCAAACACCUCUUCUUCUUCAAGUGCGACCAGAUGUUCGUGCUACUUUUCUGUUCUCCCGAGUAG